AAAUUAACAUGAUGUUAAAGAUCAUCACAAUAAAAAUAAAGAAUAUGCAAAAUAGUUUGUCAUUAGGUUAUUGGAGAACGGUAGAGAGUUGGACUUUUCUCAAAAUGUUAGAAGAAACCAGUGGUACCCGUUACAGCACGGCGCGCCUCAUUUUCUACCCUUUAGUUGCUUUGGUUACGUUCCUUUGGAUCUAUCACCGAUGGCAGAAGCAAACGAAAUUCGUCAAGAUGGGAAACAAGCUUCCUGGCCCUGAUCCCUUGCCGUUUUUAGGCAACGUGCAUUUAGCUUUAGGGAAGAACCCAUCAGAUAUCAUGAAACUUGCUCUUGAAAUGGCACAGCUGUAUUUGAGCGUGGCUAGGAUUUGGGUGGGAUACAAGCUGCUUGUGUUCCUGGCCGAACCUGAUGACGUAGAAGUGAUCCUGAAUAGCCACGUGCACAUUGACAAAUCUGAUGAAUAUAGAUUCUUCAAGCCUUGGCUUGGAGACGGCUUGCUUAUUAGUACAGGUCAGAAAUGGAGGUCGCAUAGGAAAAUUAUCGCUCCUACUUUCCACAUCAAUAUAUUGAAAUCCUUUGUUGGAGUAUUCAAUAAGAACAGUAAAGAUGUCGUCGAGAAACUAAGAGCGGAAGUUGGGAAUGUGUUCGAUGUUCACGAGUAUAUGGGCAGAGUCACAGUAGAUAUUCUACUCGAAACUGCUAUGGGAAUCACAAAGGAAACUCAAGACAACGCUGGCUUCGACUACGCGACGGCUGUGAUGAAGAUGUGUGACAUAUUACAUCAGAGACAUUACAAGUUCUGGCUGCGACUCGACUCAAUGUUUAAACUCUCCUCAUUAUACAAGCAACAAGUAAAACUGCUGGGAAUUAUUCACGGCCUGACUAAUAAGGUUAUUAGAGAGAAAAAGAAAAUUUAUCUUGAAAACAAAGCCAGAGGUAUUAUCCCUCCCACUCUCGAAGAACUGACCCGAACGAGAAAUUAUGAUGGUGAUAUAAAUGACACUAAAUCCUUGGCCGACACUGUCUUCCAAGGUUACAAAGAUGAUUUAGAUUUCAUUGACGAGAAUGAUGUCGGUGAAAAGAAAAGGUUGGCUUUCUUAGAUCUUAUGCUAGAAUCGGCACAAAAUAAGACAAGCAAUAUCACGGACCGCGAAAUUAAAGAGCAAGUAGACACCAUUAUGUUUGAGGGCCAUGACACAACUGCAGCAGGGUCCAGUUUCGUCCUCUCGCUUCUUGGAGUUCACCAAGACAUCCAGGACAAGGUCUACGACGAGCUGUACGAGAUAUUCGGAGAUUCAGACCGACCAGUCACUUUCGCUGACACAUUGAACAUGAAGUAUUUAGAGAGAGUGAUUCUGGAAUCGCUUAGAUUGUACCCACCAGUGCCAAUUAUUGCUAGGAAGCUGAAACACAACGUCAAGAUUGUGACCAACAACUAUGUCCUGCCAGCGGGUACUACGGUGGUAAUUGGCACAUUCAAGGUUCAUCGUAAUUCACUUUACUACAAAGACCCAGAAAAGUUCAAUCCUGACAAUUUCCUGCCAGAAAACACACAGAAUCGUCACUAUUACAGCUUUAUACCAUUCAGUGCAGGACCAAGAAGUUGUGUUGGGCGUAAAUACGCCAUGUUGAAACUGAAGAUACUGCUUGCAACAAUCUUGAGAAACUACAAAACCAUUUCCGUGGUGCCCGAGAACGAAUUCAUUCUGCAAGCCGAUAUCAUACUGAAAAGGAGCGAUGGAUUCAGGAUCAAAAUAGAACCAAGGAAAAGGGUACCAUCUACUGCUGCAUAAAAACACAAAUUAGGAAUAUCAUUAUUUUUUCAAUUUAUUUUAUACGCUUCUUAGUCCAUAGCUCUCGUACAAAACGGCUUAGCAUUUAACUGUCUGAAUUUUUAUUAUGUAUUUUUAAAGUAAACACUCUACAUUAUCUCUGUUUAUAAGUAAUAACUUUAACAAUGGAAGCUUUUUACUUUAUCAUCGUUAACAUAUUGUUGAGUAGUCAUUAGAAAAAGAAAAUAUUGAAAUCAUUCUCAAACACGCAAUGAAUGCAAUAAAAAAUGCAAAUCUAUAAAAGUUAAGUGUGGGUAAGAUUGAAAAAUUGUAUUUUUAACCUACAUUAAGUAUUGAUUUAUGGAUCUUAAUGCAUAUAAUUAUAGUAGUGAAUACAGCAAUAAACACCAGAUUGUCUUUGAUCUAUACAUUUUUACAUUAAAAGUUCAUAGUUUUCAUGGACGCAACGCGAUGUUUAAUUUUUGAUAAUGCUGAAAUGCUGUGGACUGACUGUGUAUAGUCAGGUAAGGUGGUCGUAUUAUGUCAUUAGGUUAUAAAGCUACAUAGCUUUAUAUUAAUUUGUUUUGUAUACCGAUAGCGAUACAUUUGAAAGGAAAUUACUUAAAUACCUUCACGCAGGGUUGGCGUAACGUCAUAGAUGCGGUGCAGCUUGGUAGUAAAAAAUGUAGAAUAAAAUGUUGAAAGGAAAUAUAAAUGUCAAAAAGCAAGAGUCUCUUUUUUAUAAACUUGUCCACUGACAGACUUCAGAGGU